GGCUCAAGCAGCGAGCGACCUUUGAAACGUCGAAGUCCAUCGAAAUCGGCAAGCGUUGCACAGGCCAACGAUGACGUCGACUUGGAAGGUGCUUUUAUUGCUUUCAGCAACCACGCAUGCGCAAGACAUGCUUCCGAAUCACGUGUCCGUGAGCUCUGUGUCGGCGUUGGGUGCAGAUGGCAUGAUGCACACCACCAUGCACAAGGUGAUGACUCAGAUGUCCAACAACGGCAUGGAGAAAAGGAUUGCAGAGGUGGAAUGCAAGGACGGCCAAUGUUCCAAAUCAGUCCGCCACAUCUUUGCCGGUCCUUUGAUGGCCUCCAUUUUCCCUUCUGGGCUCUUUGCCACGAUGCCACAGGGUGGAGGACUUCGCAUGCCCAUGCACGAGAAGAUGCACUCCAUGAUGGGCUGCUUUCACAAGAUGCGUCACCACAUGAUGCAGAUGCACGCUCGCAUGCACGCAGCGAUGCCAGCAAGGCCUCAGUUCCUGGCACCACAUGUGAUCUUCAUCCGCCCGGCCAACCAGAACAGCGAGGAGCUGCAGGUGGAUCCCCAAGUCAUGGCGCCCAUGCCCGAGGCAGUGCAUCAGUCUUCGAUGUUCUUGGAGACCGUCUUGGCCUCCUUGGUAUUGGGUCUCAGCUUGAGUUUGUUGGCUGGUAUGCUGGGCCUGAUCUUCAGGUCUUGCUUUAAGAAGCCCUCCGCGGCUCGCGAGCGUCCUUUGCGGGAGUUGGGGCAGCCCUUGGCGCCCGAAGAGCAAGCAGACCAAGCCGAGCUGGGUGCGGCAGGCGGUGCAGGUGUGGAGGUGCCCGUGCAGGGUGUUGUGGUGCCGAGCGUGGUCAAGAAGUCACCCACUCAGACCUACCUGUUCAACCUCUACCAGCGUGCGGCGGAGAAGAAUGAGACUCAGGUGGCCCAGGCGUUGCUUCAGCAGGUCUAUGCCAAAGCCUUGGCAAACGUCCAGUGAGGCCGGCGACUGAUCUGGCACAUGAUGUGCUGAUGAAUUGGGGUUGGCCGAUGAAUGGGUCGAGGACGGCAGACCCAAGCUUUGAGCAGGGUGCCA